CGCCUACCGCCUACCGCCCACCGCCCAUCGGCCACCACCUCCGUCACCCCCACUACCUCAAACAUACUCUACUACGUACUAUUUUCUACACUGUAGAGCUGUGGAUUAUCUGUCCGUCUGGUGACUCAGGCUCCAAUAAUUGGGAAAAAACUGGAAAACUCCACUCUCCGCAACUCACUCCACACACUACAGUCCCUUGUAUACGUGACUAUAUGACCGAUUAUACGCGGCCUAUACGUGCCUUCUUCUACUACCAAAAUAGAGAGUACCAAGGUCCAGGGUAUCAUUUUCCGCUCAGGUAAGCAGGGACCACCACCCACCCACCACCACCACCUACCUCCACUACCAUCAGCCUUCUUUUCCCAUCAUCCUAGUCCAGUCCAGUCAUUUUUGCUAUGGGCUAGUCAUUCUGGUAUGGACGGACGACCAUCCACACACUAUGGUGCAGUCCUUGUAUAAGAUCGCCUUUGUCCGCUUUGAAGGAUGCGUUGCUUCACUUUUUACAACUAUGAUUUAUGAAGCCGACGUGUCUAUUGAAGAGACACAAGCUGCUUAGACGACUAUUUUGUGGUGAUAUUCGGUGAUAUACAGAGGGAUACGAAGGUUUACUCGACGAGACGGGUUUGAGGUUAUAUUCAGUCGUAUACGGCGAUAUACUCAACUCGACGUCUCUGGAGUGAUAUUCAGUCAUAUACGGCGAAUAUACCGCGAUAUACUCAACUCAACGCCUCUAAAGUGAUAUUCACGCCCUGACUCACUCAACCUAUCACUCACAUUUCCAACCAGCCUCACAACCUCGCAUCCACCACCACCACAACCACCACCAAAAUGGGCCUCCUCCCCCUCACCCCCUCCACCCUCCGCACUAUCGACGUCGUCCUCGCCUCUGACCCCCCGACCCCCUCCCCCGCCCCAAAACCGAUCACCUCCUACACCACCUACGACGACAUCCGGGGCCACAUCCUCCUCACCUCCAGCAUCCCACAACCCUUCUCCGCCGUCGAAAUCUCCCUCCUCGGCACUAUCCGCACCACGCACCCCGACCACAUCGCGCCUAUCAUCGCGGCGCCGGGGACGCAGCAUGUUUUCUUGAAGUUGGUUAUGCCACUUCCUCCUUCCGCUUAUGGCGCCAACACCUCCCCCGGCGGCGAAGGUGGGGAAGAUAUCCACCACCUCACCCCAGGGCAACCUCUCAAAAUCCCAUUCCAUUUCGUGGUACCAGCGCGCCUACUUCCAGUAGCAUGCAAGCACGACCUCGAAUCCCCCGCCAUCCAAGACUUACACCUCCAACUCCCGCCAUCGAUGGGUAACUUCCUCCUCCCCCGUGACGACCUCGCGCCGGAGAUGGCAAGUGUAACCUACGGCAUCCACGCUAAACUCAUGUCCGUCCCUCCCAGCGCUACGAGCUACCCACAGACUCUCGCUUCGACGUUACGGAAGAUCCACGUCGUACCUGCGUCUCCUGAGGCGCCGCCACUGUCGGCUGGGAAGGAUAGCCGAUAUAUCCUCUCCAAAACCAAAUCCCUGCGUCGCGGGGUAUUCAAGGGGAAACUCGGCACCUUAACCCUAUCAACCACCCAACCGCGAGCUUUCUGCCUUCCCCCGCCCCCGACGGAUCACCACGGCCCUACGCCAUCAACACUAGCAACACUAACCCUCCGCUUCGACCCCGCCGACGCAUCCUGUCUCCCUCCCCGUCUCGGCGCACUGACGGCGAAAAUCCGCGCGACGACUGUGCAUUCGAUUAGACCAGCCCGCGGGAUUCCGGAUGAGGAAACUAGAAGUAGCCCGUAUGAAAUCCACAGCGGCGCGUAUAGCACACACGUCUCCCUCGCCUCCCACGAAGUCACGGGGGUCGCGGCGCCAUGGACGUACGUCAUCCCCGCGCCUGCGUAUGAGAGGAGGGAUUCGGGGUAUUCGACCGCAGAAUCCGAUGGCGACAUUAACUUGGCGAACUCGGGGGGAAAGGAAGGGACAGGGCCAUACUACACAGCCACCAUCCCCCUCCCCCUCAGUCUACCAGCCAACAAAACAUGGAUCCCAACAUUCCACUCCUGCCUCGUCUCGCGCUUCUACACCCUCAUGAUCGAACUUAUGGUUCACCCACCCGGAAAGUCAGCUGUGCCGAGUUGUCUGGCACUUAAAGUCCCUGUGCAGGUUAUGGGAGAGGGGAGGGAGGGGAGGGAGGAGGCUUUUGAAGCUGGUGGACGAGCUGUGGUGGAGGGUGCAGCGCUUGGGUGGGAGGGUGAGGGAGGGGGGGAUUUGGAGGGGAUGGAGGGAGUGGAGGGGUUGCAGGGGGUGGCGGUUACGGAGGCGGGGGAUGAGUUGCCGGGGUAUGUGACGCCUGCUAGGCGGUUGAGGGGGAGGUGAGGUGUUUGGGUCUUGAUAUUGGAUGACGGAUGAUGGGUUUGUAUCUGGAUUUGGAUGAUUUAUGAUGGAUCCUUGAGUUUGGGAUGACAGGAGCGAAUAGAUUGCAUGUGCAGCUGGUCCUGGUCAAAUCGAUCACUGGACUGAUGUUGGAGGAAGCGGAGAUACCCCAUGUUUCAACACUACUUUUGGCGGGUGGGCGGGCGGAUUAAAAAAGCGGGCAGUGCCUGCUUGAGCGGUUUAUUAAUUUUUGGUUUUUCGAUGGGUUGAUGAGUUGAUGGGUUUAUCACAUUUGAGUCGGAGUUCGGGGAAUUUUUUAAUGGGAUGACUGUUUGUUGUAGUAGC